AGGGUGAAUAGAGAUGUGUUAUGCAGAGUGCUUGAAAAAGUUGGGCUGAGUGAUAAGAUUGUUAACAUAAUUAGAAGUAUGUAUGUAGGUACAAGAGCAAAGUAUAGACUAGGUGAUCUAGAGACAGGUUGGGUGAAGAGUGAAAGAGGAGUGAGACAAGGCUGUAUAUUAUCACCAACAUUAUUUAGUCUUUUCACAGAGGAAUUAGCAGUCAGAAUGAGGAGAAUGAAUGCAGGAGUGAGAAUUGGAGAGGAUAAAGUAUGUGUGUUGUUGUAUGCGGAUGAUGUGGUGGUUAUGAGUGAGUCUGCUGAAGAACUACAGAGUCUCCUAGAUGUGGUAGGGGGUUAUGGAAGGGAUUUUGGGGUUAGGUUCAGUAAUGAGAAGAGCAAAGUAAUGAUAGUGAAUAGGUCAGAGGAUGAGAGAGAAACAACUUGGAGACUGGAAGGGGAUGAGUUGGAACAGACGGAAGAAUACAAGUAUCUAGGGGUGUGGAUGGAAGUAAAUGGAUGCGGCAGGGCCAAGAAUGUAAAGAUAAGUAUGGCAAACCAGUGGGUAGGCCGUUUAGGGAGUGCAGCGAGGAUGAGAGCGAGCAAGUAUGAUGUCAUCCGUGAGGUUUGGAAGAGUGUGGCUGUCCCGAGCAUUAUGUAUGGAAUGGAUGUGAUGACAUGGAAUGACAGUGAGAUAGAAAAAUUGGAGGUGGGGCAGAAUAGGGUAGCAAGAAUGGCACUGAAUGCACAAAGGUUUGCAGCAGUAGAGGCUCUUAGGGGGGACAUGGGAUGGAGCACGUUUAGGGAAAGACUAGUAAAGGCAACCUUGAGAUAUAAAGUGAGACUGGAACAAAUGGAGGAUGCAAGAUUAGCAAGGAAAGUAUACUUGUGGAGUAUAAGAGAUGGCAAAUGGGCGAAUAAAUGUGGGCGAAUGAUAGACAGGAAUGUUAUGCUAAGUAGGUGGGUGUACCGACCCUUUGAAGAUAGACAGAAUGUGUUUGAAUGGAGAAUAACAAACAGAAAUGGAGAGGGGUUUGAGUGGGAUGUAAGAAAGUGGAAGAAUGUGAUAGAUAUGGCAGUUAAAGAUGAGGGAUUGAGCAAGUGGAAGAAUGAGAUGGAAAGAAAGGAAACUCUCGACUGGUAUAGGGAGAAAGAGGCCCCAAAGUGUGAGGUGUGGUAUGAGGGAAGCCUGGGAGGUGAUCUUCUUUUCCGUGCUAGAGCGCAGUGUCUGGAUGUGAAUGCAAGGAACUAUAGAUGGUCUGAGUCCCGCAGCAAAGUGUGCCAGAUGUGUGAUAGGGGUGUGGACGAGACUGUGCAGCAUGUAGUGCUGGAAUGUAAGAAGUAUGACAGGGAGAGAACGAAGAUGAUGCAUGUGUUUUUGAGCGAGAUGGGACGUGGAGUAAACGGGAGGACUGGAAGGGAGUGGAUGGUGCUGCUGCUGGGGCUCAGUGGAGAGACGAGUGGACGAGUGAUUGAGGCAGUGAAAGAGUUCUUGGAAGGCAUGUGGCGUGAAAGAUGUAGGGAAUGAUAUCUUGCCCCGAGAACUUUGACUUCCCGCAUGUUUUGUUUUCUUUUCACAGGAGCUGCCGAUACAAAGGCCUGGCUGGGGAGAAAUCCCGAGCCACCUGUAACAUCAAGAUCAAGAUCAAGACCAAACAAACCCCGCCGCCGAGUCCAUAUUUCUCCCUUUUAGCCGUGUUUUACGCCGCCAAGAUGAGCCGGACGAGUGCCUUGUUGGAGAAGCCACUCCGCGCCGUCUGUGCUCUGAAGAACGAAGGAAGAACAGAAGAAAGGAAGGAAGGCCAUCUUGGAAGACUCAAGAACCAGUCACCCCAGUCCAAGGAAAGGUCACAAGAGGUCACAGUACGAAGGAGCAGUCCAGUCCGUUGUAAAGUUAUUGGAAAAGGAAGGAAAGGGAAAGGAAAGGAUAGGGAAGGAAAUGAAAGGAAAGGAUAGGAAAGGGAAGGGAAGGGAAGGGAAGGAACAGAGAAGUGUAUAUAUAGUUAAGCUUAAAGUCACAUACAGUUAGAUACAUACAGUUACACUCACAUAGAUUUACAUACAGUUUUGAUGGUGCGUUUGACGAAGGCGGUUGACUCAGUGGGUAGCGGAUUGGCCCGGCCCACGGUGUUAUGGAGGCUCUCAACACAAGUACAGUAAACCCUCGAUAUAACGGACUAAUUUAUUUAUUUAUUUUUUUUUUUUUUUUCCACAUCAGAGGACACAUCUCAAGGGCAAUAAAGAGUCCCCAAAAAGCCCGCUACUCGCCGCUCCUGUAAAAGAUAAGAGUAAAGAGUAGCCAAAAGAGAGGUCAAUUUCGGGUGGAGAGGUGUCUUGAUACACACUCAAUUUGGGGGGAACUUAGUCCGUUAUAAGCGGCGAAGAUUUAAAAAAAACGUAAAAUAAUAAAACGACGAAGGAGUAAACGUAGGUAUAGAUAUAUUUUUUAUUGUGUAUGUUGUGUGCACGUUGCGUUGUCUAUAGGGCCGCACAGCACACUUGGCGACGCACUCCGAGGCACUGAGGUUGCUAGGUUGUGAGUGGGGUCUUGCGUGGGGGUCAUAUUGUUACGGGUAUGGGUAUGAUUUUACAAGUGCAGCGAGUAGCAGGCUUUUUUUUAUUAUUGUUUACUUUUUGUGUGCCCUUGAGCUGUCUCCUCUGCGCCAAUCUCACACUGGCAGAUGAAACUUUUUUUUGUAGUGUUUGGUGUGUUAUGAAAUAAUGUGCUAACUGUUUCUGUCACAAAGAAUUAAAUGAUUGCCUUUUCAAUGCCUGGUGUACACAGCACCUGUAAAAUAACUUGCAGAGAGAAAUGUUCAGCUUGCUUACAGUUUCUAUAUUUCACACCGGGUUCAAUUCCUGGGCGGAGUUGAAAAAUUUAGGCGGCUUUUCCGAUACCCUACGUAGCCCCUGUCCACCCAGCAGUGUACCAGGUAUUAAUCGGGGGUUGUGUCCCGUCUCCUGGGAUCUGUUCCCUUCUCCUAUAAUUCCUUCCCCUUCUGUCUCUCUCCGGCAUAUGACCACAGAUGUUGCGCCGACUAGACCAAACAUUCCAACUUUUUC